CCAUAAAAAACCAGUCUGUGUCCCCAUCUGUUACUCUUUUGUCUUUCUCUCCCUUCUUUGCUUUCUCUGCUUAAAGAAGCAAGCAAACAUCAUUUUUCUCUCGUGUGUUCUUCUUUGUAGUGAAGAGAAUUAAUUAUUUGGUUUGAAUUAACAAAAAGUUGUGUAAGCUCCUGAUUGGCUCAGUGAUGGAGAGAGAUUUCCUAGGUCUGGGUACGAUAAAUAAUCCUCUUACAAUCAAAGAAGCGACCACUGAUACUCCCAACAAGGAUUCUGUAGCCAUGAGAGGUUCAGGGAUGCAGUGGUCUUUUUCAAACAAGGUUUCUGCCAUUCCUCAAUUCUUGUCAUUCAAGUCUUCUCUGGAAGAUAAACCAAGAAAGGCUGUUCAUGAUCCUGUAGCAUCUUCCUCUGGCCUUAUGUCUAUUUCAACUGCUGAUGCUUUUGAUUCUAACCAGAAAACAUACUCUGGCUUGGUUCAGAAAAACAUGGCUAUUGAUAAACAAGCUGGAAACCAUUAUCCUGUGACAACCUAUGGUACACAGCAGUUCGAUGCCUACUCUGUUAAUCGGCCACAGGAUACGAGGAUGUUCUCAAUCUCCGGCCAACAAAAUCAAACAAUCACCGUUUCUAUGAGCUCCCCCAUCCUGCAGUCCCAUUUUCCUCCCACAGGACAUAAUAUGCUUUCUAAUUCAAUAGUCCCAAAACCUCUGGGAGGAGUUCCAGUCAUAACCCCUACAUCUGCUCUUCCCACUCUGAGUUCGAUCAUUGGCACCACUGAUCUUAGGGAUGGUACUAAAUCCUCUGGAGCACCUGCUCAGUUGACCAUAUUCUAUGCUGGUUCAGUGUGCGUGUAUGAUGAUGUUUCUCCUGAGAAGGCUCAGGCCAUUAUGUUUUUGGCUGGAAACGGUGGGUCUUCUGGAACGCCGAACAAGCCAAUCUCUACACCUCAAGCACAGGCACCAAUUCGUAGACCACCUGUCAGCGAUAUUUUUGCUGGGAACAAAAGCAACACUACAGCUCCAAUCUCAUGCAUUCCCAGCCCUAUUUCUGUGACCUCUAGUAACACCAACGAUUUAGCAACAGUUAAGCCAGUAGUAUCUUUAGCUUCUUCUGUUAAACAAACAGAGCCCCCCAAACCACUUAAUUCACCAGGGCCUACUUCUGCCACGCUUGUUCCAGCAGUGGCUGUACCUCAGGCUCGUAAAGCAUCGUUGGCUCGGUUUCUGGAGAAGCGCAAGGAAAGGGUGACGCAAACUUCGCCAUAUAAUGUAAGCAAGAGGUCUCCCGAGAGUGGUUCCCAUGGAUGUGAUGGUGCAAGUUUAUCUAUGAAUUUCUCUAGCUCUUACCCUCUCCCAGCCAGCAACUAGCAGUGAAAACGGGCCGGGGACUCUGACCGAAGGGAUUGAAACCGAAGUAUAAGAAAGAGUGAUCUUCAACGUCUAUUUUCUGUUCUAAGUUGUAAGCUCAAUUCUUUUAAGGAGAUAGAAUCUUUACUUUAGAUAUAUGGUUCUUAUUAUUAGUAGAAAUUUGGUAAAUUUUGUUUAUGAUAAAUGUUUUAAUCCGACAACACCCUAGACCACUUGUAACUUGUCUUAGCUUCCAUUAUGCUGUAAAAGUAGCAUUUCUCAUAGUGGAAGAUAUUUCUAUA